AUGACCCAUGAAGCCACGACGACUUUCACCCUCCGGAACCCACCGUACACCUAUUUCCACCUAUCUCUCCAGUCUCUGCCACCACAGCCUCAACAAUCCCUCGACGAGAUAACAGCUCGCUCAUACCUGACCGCGGCACUGCGGCAAUACCUGGGUCUGACAGGCACGGCCAUUGGGAUCGACAUUUUAAAAGUCAAUGGCGCCAACGUCUGGAUCCGAAUCCCCAGGGACGAUGAAAUGGCUGUCACUGGCGCAUUGAGUCAGUGGGUCAGCUCUCAGGGCGUCAAUUUAAGGAUCGAGGCCAGAGGGAGUUGGCUGGGUGGCGUGGUCGCGAGAGGGGAAAGGGAUCGAAACCUUUGGAGCCUGGGAAACUAG